UCGAACAUACCGGUGCUGGCUUGGAAUUGACAUUCCGGUGGAGAGAGAGAGAGAGAAGCGCAGCAAGGUGAAGGGAGAAGAAAGGAGAAGAGAGGAGAAGGGAGGAGAGGGUGCUUGCGUCACCCUCACCUGCCAGCUCAGAGAAUCUUUUGCAUAAUAAAGAACGGCGAUAUCCUCCCGAUUCUGGUCUCCUUCGACUUGCAGGCCAGGCGACCUUUAUGUGAAUACUUCCAUUGACAAUCUCCUAAAUUCUGCAAAGUUCGUUUUCUUUUCCCUCCAGUUUUAGUUCUCCUGUAAGCUCCCUCUAUUGCAGAAGAUCGUUUGGUCGAGAAUGAACAUCUUUGCUAAAAAACCCACAGCGAAAGAUGCGCUUCGUGAGAGUAAAAGAGAAAUGGCUCAUGCGACUAGAGGUAUUGAGAAGGAGAUUGGCGCCUUGCAAUUAGAAGAAAAGAAACUUCUCGCUGAGAUUAAGAAGACUGCCAAAACUGGAAAUGAGGCAGCGACUAAAAUUCUUGCCCGUCAGCUUGUCAGGCUGAGGCAGCAAAUUGCUAAGUUACAAGGUAAUCGAGCUCAAAUGCGCGGUAUAGCAACUCACACGCAGGCAAUGUAUGCCAACACUUCAGUUGCCGCUGGCAUGAAAGGUGCAAGUACGGCAAUGGCAGCUAUGAAUAAGCAACUCAAUCCUGCAAAGCAGAUGAAGGUGAUGCAAGAAUUCCAGAGGCAAUCCGCACAAAUGGACAUGACGACUGAGAUGAUGUCAGAUACCAUAGAUGAUGCAUUGGACAAUGACGAGGCUGAAGAUGAAACCGAUGAGCUCACAAAUCAGGUGCUAGAUGAAAUUGGUGUUGAUGUUGCAUCACAGUUGUCAGCAGCUCCCCGAGGGAGAGUUGCAGGAAAGAAGAGUGAGGAUGUUGGAAGUUCGGGUGUGGAUGAGCUUGAGAAGAGGCUUGCAGCCCUAAGAAACUCAUGAGCUGAAGAUAGAGUAUGCAUUUAGUAUCACCUACCGAUUCGAUAAAUUUUGGUGUCAGAUUACUUUUUAUUUUGGAAAGAACCUUUACUGUAUGUGUUGGCCCUUUGUAUGUGGAUAAAAGGUUGACCUUUUUCUUGUGGAGUUUUAUUCAAGCGCCAAGGCAAUACUAUACAUAUGCUGCACCUACAACUGCUUGAGAAGAACCCAGUUCAUGGGAUCACUCAUCAGGAUGGUUUCCCAGUGACUGCUUGGUUUCGAUUUAUUCAGAGGUGGCCAGUAUCUACAGCAUUUUGUGAACAUGAAACCCAGCUCCAGAAAAUAAAACAUCUCAACAUCUGCACAUUUUGUUCAGUUUGUACUUUAAGAAUCUGCUAAGCUGGGAUUGGACAUUUUUUUUGUGGAUUGUUUAAAGAAUUAUAAGUUAUUUUUUCUUUUUAAAAUCAUUUGGGUAGUUUAAUGAUCAAAACUCAAAAAUGUAAAGGUAGGUACUGUUUGAGCCUGACAUAAUGAAAAGGUCUCAUGAGUUUCAGUAUCCAAA